GUAGUCGGGUGCAUCGGCCAAACUCCUGACCAGUACUCGCGGCCCACUGUAUUGCACCACCACUACCAACUGCCCCCCCACUUGGUUGCUCGUCAACGUCCCCCGUCCCCACACUCGGAAACGUCGAAACAGUCACCACACCCUCAUCGACUUGACAACUUGUCAUUCUCCAGUCACAAGUGUCCCAGUGCCAUUUGGACCAGACGCACUUCACCUCCUGUCCCCCCUCCCCAUCACCCUUGACUCCUCUCCAUUCACUCUCUCCCGCCAGUCGAACUCUCCCCCUCGCCUCGGCAUCUUUCCUCCCCCCAACCGCUACGACGACGGCGACCUGCCACUAAGCAGCCAUGUCCGCCGCCGACAGAGACAAUGAGCGUCGUGAGCUCACGUCGCGCUGCAUUGCGAUCAUGAACCGCGCGGACCCCGUCCUGCUCGAGUACAUGAAGUACCACAUUGAUGAAAUCGACCCGACCAAGGGCCCUAACUUUGAGAAGGCCAAGAAGUUCGGCCAGAUCCUCCUCGACAACUGCCAGGAGGUCGUCGACAAGCCUCCCGUCUACCGCGAUGUCGCUCUCCCCACCGCUCCCCACACCGAGGUCAGCGCCAAGGGUGACAUCCAGUACUCGGAGAUUCCUCGCCAGAACGUCCGCAAGCUCGAGUCCUAUGUCAAGGAGAUGGCUUCCGGUGGUGAGGUCGAGUCGUCUGUCAACCUUGAGAAGGUUCAGACCGACAUUGAGAAGCUCUGGGAGCUCGUGAACGCCCAGCCUUCCAUUACGCCCGCCCAGAAGGCGGCCAUCCGCUCCAUGUACAGCGAGGUCGUCAAGUCGCUCGGCCACGGCCCCGGCUCCCCCGAGGUCGACCCCAUCGCCCGUGCCAAGGGCGCUGCCUCGAGCACCAAGGAGCGCCGCCCCUCGUCCCAGUUCCUCCGCCCCAACGUCGAGGACCACACCGAGGUCGACGAGGAGCACCUCCCAUUCCUCCACCUCAAGCGCAAGACUGGCACCGCGUGGGCCUACUCGCAGAAGCUCACCAACAUCUACCUCGAUGUUCUUACUGAGAUUGCCACCUCGGGUGUGACUUUCCAGAAGAAGGCCGCCCUCCUCACCGGUGUCGGCAAGGGCUCGAUCGGUGUCGAGAUCCUCAAGGGCCUGCUCUCGGGUGGUGCCACCUGCGUUGUCACGACCUCGCGCUACAGCCGCGACGCCGUCGACUACUACAAGCGCAUCUUCCACGAGAUUGGCUCCAAGGGCUCCAAGCUCAUUGUCGUCCCCUUCAACGGUGCCUCCAAGCAGGACGUUGAGGCCCUUGUCGACUACAUCUACACCGAGGUCGGCAUCGACCUCGACUACAUUGUCCCCUUCGCCGCUCUUCCCGAGAACGGCCGUGAGAUCGACAACAUUGACGACAAGUCGGAGCUUGCCCACCGUCUCAUGCUCACCAACCUGCUCCGUCUCCUCGGUGCUGUCAAGGCCAAGAAGGCCGCCCGCAAGUUUGUUACCCGCCCUACCCAGGUCGUGCUCCCCCUCUCGCCCAACCACGGUAUCUUUGGUAACGACGGUCUCUACUCCGAGUCCAAGAUCUCGCUCGAGACGCUCUUCAACCGUUGGAGCGCCGAGUCGUGGGGCGAGUACCUCUGUAUCGCCGGUGCCGUUAUUGGCUGGACCCGUGGUACCGGCCUCAUGUCGGCGACCAACUUUGUCGCCGAGGGCCUCGAGAAGCUUGGUGUGCGCACCUUCUCGGCCAAGGAGAUGGCUUUCAACAUCCUGGGUCUCAUGCACCCCCUCAUCUUCGACAUCACCCAGAUCGAGCCCCUCUGGGCCGACCUCAACGGUGGUAUGGACCGUGUCGCCGGCAUUGCCGACGUCAUGACCUCGAUCCGUGUCGACAUCAACCGCGUUGCCGACCUCCGCAAGGCCAUUGCCCUUGACAACGGUGCCGACUUCCGUGUCACCAACGGCAGCGACGCCGAGCGCCUUCACCAGAAGGUCUCGAUUGCGCCCCGCGCCAACUUCAACUUUGACUUCCCCACCAUUGAGGGUGACGACGUCUUCACCGAGCUCAACUCGCUCCAGGGUCUCAUCGACCUUGACAAGGUCAUUGUCUGUACUGGUUUCGCCGAGGUCGGCCCUUGGGGCUCCUCGCGCACCCGUUGGGAGAUGGAGGCCCGCGGCGAGUUCACCAUCGAGGGCUGCAUUGAGAUGGCCUGGAUGAUGGGCUACAUCAAGCACCUCGACGGCAAGCUCAAGGACGGCUCUCCCUACGUCGGAUGGGUCGACGCCAAGUCUGGCGAGCCCGUCGACGACAAGGACGUUCGCUCCAAGUACGAGAAGGAGAUCCUCGCCCACGCCGGUAUCCGUCUCAUCGAGCCCGAGCUCUUCAACGGCUACGACCCGGAGCGUAAGGGCUUCACCCAGGAGAUUGAGCUCAACCACGACCUCGAGCCCCUCGAGGUCUCGGCCGAGGACGCCCAGAAGUUCAAGCGCGAGCAGGGCGACAAUGUCGACAUCUGGGCCCAGGACUCUGGCGAGUGGUUCGUCAAGUUCAAGAAGGGUGCCCGUGUCCUCCUCCCCAAGGCUGUCAAGUUUGACCGUGUUGUUGCCGGUCAGAUCCCCACUGGCUGGGACGCCAAGCGCUACGGUAUCCCCGACGACAUUGUCUCGCAGACCGACCGCACGGCCCUCUGGGCCCUCGUCACCACCAUGGAGGCGCUCAUCAUGUCGGGUGUUACCGACCCCUACGAGAUCUACAAGUACGUGCACCCGUCCGAGCUCGGUACCUCGCUUGGUUCCGGUAUGGGCGGCAUGCAGUCGCUCUCGGCCAUGUUCCGUGAGCGUCGCGAGGAGAAGGACGUCCAGAAGGACAUUCUCCAGGAGACCUUCAUCAACACUGUUGCUGGUUGGGUCAACCUGCUCCUCCUCUCCGCCUCGGGUCCCGUCAAGAUCCCCGUCGGUGCCUGCGCCACUGCUCUUCAGUCGGUUGAGAUUGCCUGCGACACCAUCCUCACUGGCAAGGCCAAGGUCAUGAUCGCCGGUGGCUUUGACGACUUCUCCGAGGAGGGCUCGUACGAGUUCGCCAACAUGAAGGCCACCUCGAGCGCCGAGACCGAGUUUGCCAACGGCCGUGAACCCAACGAGUUCUCGCGCCCCAUGACCAGCACCCGUGCCGGUUUCAUGGAGUCGCAGGGUGCUGGUGUCCACGUCCUCAUGAGCGCCAAGACUGCCAUUGAGAUGGGUGCUGCCAUCCAGGGUAUCGUUGCCUACACCUCGACCCACACCGACAAGGCUGGUCGCUCCAUCCCCGCCCCCGGUCGUGGUGUCCUCUCGACCGCCCGCGAGGUCACCCCCAAGAACGCCCUCCCCAUCCUCGACGUCAAGUACCGUGCCCGCCAGCUUGCGUUCCGCCGCAAGCAGAUUGCCCAGUGGCUCGAGAACGAGAUCGACCUCCUCAAGGACGAGCUCGCCGUCACUGGCAAGCAGAACGACGAGGAGUUCUUCAACACCCGUGUUGCCUUCAUCGAGUCCGAGGCCAAGCGCCAGGAGAAGGACGCGCUCGCCACCUUUGGCAUGCUCGAGGGCUCUGACCCCAACAUUGCCCCUCUCCGCCGUGCCCUCGCCGUCUGGGGUCUCAACGCCGACUCGGUUGGUGUCAUCUCGUGCCACGGUACCUCCACCAAGGCCAACGACAAGAACGAGUCUGGUGUCUACAACCUCCAGUUCGAGCAGCUCGGCCGCACCAAGGGUAACGCCGUCCCCGUCAUCACCCAGAAGUACCUCACUGGUCACCCCAAGGGUGGUGCCGCCGCUUGGAUGUUCAACGGCAUGCUCCAGACCCUCCAGUCUGCCAUUGUCCCCGGCAACCACAACGCCGACAACAUUUCCGAGGAGCUCCGUGCCUUCCCCCACCUCUUCUACCCCUCCAAGGCUAUCCAGCACCUCCGCCUCGAGGCUGGUCUCCUCACCUCGUUCGGUUUCGGUCAGGUCGGUGGCCAGGCUGCCAUCCUCCACCCCCGUUACCUCUUCGCGUCGCUCUCUGCUACCGAGCUCGAGGCGUACAAGAAGAAGAACAUUGCCCGCCAGCUCCAGUCGUACUCGCGUCUGUCGUCGGCCAUGGUUCACAACAACCUCGUCCAGAUCAAGGACGGACCCCCCUACACCCCCGAGCUCGAGGGCGACGUUCUCCUCAACCCUCUUGCCCGCGCUGGUCCUUCCAAGACUGGCUCGUGGGCCUUCCAGAAGAAGGGUCCCUCGACCGUCCCCAUCAACACCGCCAACGCGGCGACCAUCAAGUUGCUGUUUGCGCAGGCCGCUGGUGGCGCCUCGGGUGUCGGUGUCGACACGGAGCUGAUCAGCGCCGUGCCCACGUCGGCGACGUUCCGCGAGCGCAACUUUACCGCCGACGAGAUUGCCUACUGCGCCUCGGCUCCCGACGCGACCGCGUCGUUUGCCGGCCGCUGGGCUGCCAAGGAGGCCGUCUUCAAGGCGCUCGGUGUCCCCUCCAAGGGUGCCGGCGCGCCCCUCAAGGACAUUGAGAUUGUGUCGACCGAGGCCGGCCCGCAGGUCAAGCUUCACGGUGACGCUGCCAAGGCUGCCGGCAGCAAGUCGAUCAAGGUGUCGCUGUCGCACUCGGACGCCUCGGUUGUUGCGUUCGCCGUCGCCAACUAGACGGUGCGGCGCAGCGUGUAAUCUAGGGUAGCAUAGUAGACCGUCAGUUUGUUUCGCGUUUGAUUAGGCGGAGAGGCCUGUAUCCCCUCCCGCGUGGGCGUUUGCCCGCUUAGAGUGAUCGUAUGAAUAGUGUGCAUAGAGC